AUGUCGAGAAUGAAAGAGCUUUUCCGUUCUAUGCACACCUCUAGGAUACUAUUGCAAGAUGCAAAGGUAAAACUGACAUUUUUCUCAAAACCCAGUUGUGGGUUGUGCGAGCAAGCAAAGGAAGUGAUAGAUGAUGUGUUUGAAAAAGAAGAGUUUCAUAAUAAGGGAAUUCAGUUCGAGGUAAUAAAUAUCAAUGACCGAAAAAAUGCAAAAUGGUGGAAGGAAUACUGCUUUGAUAUACCAGUACUUCAUAUUGAAAAACUGGGCGACCCUAGAUCGUGUACGAAGAUUUUACACUUUCUGGAAGAAGACGACGUCAGUGAAAAGAUACGAAAACAGCAGUCAAGCUGA